AUGGCGGUUGUGGUUGAAGAAGAGCGGGAGGCAGCGGGCAAUGGCGAGGGGAAUGCACCGAGUAGCCCGCCCGAUCUGAGCUAUUCGAAGUCAUCGAAGAGUUCCUCGAGAUCCGGCGACUCAGACACGGACGAGAAUGUCUCAAUGGAAAAGCUGGAGCAGUUGGACGAGGGCAGCGUCGAUGAGCGAGACGAGGUCGAACAUCGAGAUGACAGCAACUUAAGAGCAGAGAACCGCCCCACGCUUCGUCGACCGCCACAGCGAUCUUCGUUUUCACCUCCAUUGACCAUGAAAGAGCAGAAGUAUCCGAGUCUGAAGGGUGCGGUGAGUGGGGUGCUAAGAGAUCAGUCCUUGAGUCUUCCACAACGUCGAGGGUUGCGCAGAGGGGUUACAAGUCCCGCCUCGCCUUCAUUCACGAUGGGGGGAGCACAGAAGACAUCGUCGAGAUCACCUUCACCGAAGAAUCUCUCGAGGCAGAGCAGCAUGACCAUCUCGCCACAGACGUACACUGGCGCCAACGGCAGACUAUCGACCGAGUUGCGAUCGCCAAAUACGAUUGGCAAUAUGGAGCGACGGAAGUCCUGGCAGCCAGGACGAAAGAGCGUGAAGCAGCUGGAAGCCGAGUGUGACAACCUGGAUGAGGAGGUUCCAGACGAAGCUGUUCUUGAGAACGUCCCGAUAUCACCAAUGCCAGGACAGACACGGCUUUCACCACGAACUAGUAGAUCAACGACACCAAGUCCGCAUCGAAGGCCACCGCCACAGCAGCACUCGACACUACACUCUGUACCAUCGCACACCAAUCUCCAUUCCGCGAAAGUUCCUAAGAACGCCAAACGACCUUCAGCGCCGACGAUCAUGCCCAACGGCCAAUAUGGCUCUCCUCGAUCACCACGACAUGUCCGACCACCUAUGCUACAACACAGUAAUACAAUGCCAUCGCAUUUCAUGGAUCCGUUGAUGAGGAGGCAUCGUUCGAAGUCGUGGACGGAGGACUUGAACGAAGAGGCGAAGGCGCUCUCUGCAGCACUGGAAGAGUACGCAGACCGCAAGUCGGUAGAAAGACACGGCUCGGGUGCGAACAGCGUCUCGAGCAGUCCGCCACGAGCAGACAGCAUGCCGAAGAUUCAACGGGCGAAGACUACGAUCAUGGACAUGCCUCCUCUGUCGUAUGGAAGUGUCAUGAUCGAUCCUCUGCCUUCAAGCAAGGAGAAGGAAGCUGUAUUGUCGAAGACAAGGCCUUCGUGGCUGCCUCCGAAGGACCAGAAGGAGGACAAGAAGCAUAUCAAGGAGUGGGAGGCGAUGAUGGCUCGCGCUGCGGAGAAUGAGAGGAAACGUCAGCUCAAGGAGCGAGAAGCUCAGGAAGACAGCGAUGAGAUGAAAGACAAUCUUGCUCGGAUUUGGGAGCAGCACGUCUUGCAGAAUUGGGACAUUGUUAUCGCUGAGCCGCGCACGCGAGAGCUCUGGUGGCGGGGCGUGACUCCUAAAUCUCGUGGUGUCGUAUGGCAGAAGGCGAUCGGCAAUGAACUUCAGCUGAACGUCUCGUCAUUCGAAGCCGCGCUCAACCGCGCCAACGCUCUGGAAGAGAAGACUGCUCAAAUGAGCCCAGACGACCGCGCCGGAAGCGACGGAGCCGCCUGGUUCGCUGCCAUCGCUCGCGAUGUGCCCGUCACUUGCCCCGAGCUGCGGGAAGCAGAAGAGCGCACCCAGUUUGAAUCCGCGCUCCGUGACGUGCUGAAAGCGUACGCCAUCUACCGCCGCGACGUCGGGUACGUGUACGGCACGCACCUCAUCGCCGGGCUACUGUGUCUCCACCUCCGACCCGUGGACGCCUUUAUCUCGCUCGCCAACAUGCUCAAUCGACCACUUCCGCUCGCCUUUCUGGCCCACGACGUCACAGCCAUGGGCCGAGCGUACGAACUCGUAAUGAGCACACUCAAGUACAAACUCCCGCGCCUCCACGACCACCUUGUCUCGGACUCCAUCCUCGCUGGCCGAAUCGGCGAGAUUCUGGACCCCAUGUUCCGCUGCCUAUUCGCCUACCAUCUGCCCGUCGGGCACGUAAGCAGACUCUGGGACGUCUUCGCCUUCGAAGGCGACAAAGUGCUCAUCCGCGCCGCGGUCGCCGUGCUCGUGAAGCUGGAACCGCGCCUCUACGGUUCUCGGGAGGAGAUUCUGAACAUUGUCGGCUGGCAGAACGAGAAAGGUCUAGAUCUCGGGAGUGAAGAGGAGUUCAUGAAUGCCGUGCGCGACGCGGGUAAAGUCGACGGGAGGAAGGAGGAGGUGAAGCCGGUGUAUGUUUGA